GGCCCGGGGGCUCCACAUGCACCCGACGCCGCCUCCUGCUCCGGGCCGGUCCAACUCUCCGGCGGCCGCCUCGCGCCUUCUCCCCCGCCGGGGGAGCGCCGCCGCCGGGCACCAGCUCCACGCGGUCCUCAUCAAGCACGGGCUCCUCCACCACCCGGCCUCCCUCCGCGCACUCCUCUCUCGCCUGCCGCCUUCCUCCGCGUCGACGCUCGCCCUCCUCCUCUCCGCCGCCCCAUGCUCCCUCUCCCCGCCGCUCUACUCCCCAGCCAUCGCCGCUCUCGCCUCCUCGCCGUACCCGGCCGCCUCGCUCGCCGUCUUCAACCGCGUCUCCAGGCUCUCCCUCCCCAUCCCGCUCCCCGCCUUCCCGGCCCUCCUCAAGUCCUGCGCCCGCGCUUUCAACCUCUGCGCAGCCGCUGACGGCGGCGGAGAGGGCUUCGUAUCCAAGGGCAUGGAGCUCCACGGGUGCGUGCUCAAGCUCGGCUGCGGCGCGGACCGGUACGUGCAGAACGCGCUCGUGUCCAUGUACGGCAAGCUGGGCCGGCUCGGGGACGCCAGGAAGGUGUUCGACGGGAUGCCUGCCAGGAACGCCGUCUCCUGGAACGCGCUCGUGGCCGCGCACGGCGACGUGGGGGACUCGCGUGGCGCAGAGCGGGUGUCUCAGGAAAUGCCGGAGAGGAGCGUGUCGUGGUGGAAUGCGGAGAUCACACGGCACGCGAGGGUCGGUGAUAUGGAGGCGGCGGCGAGGGUGUUCAGGGAGAUGCCUGGUAGGGACGCCGUGUCGUGGAACUCUCUGAUCGGUAGCUACGCGAAGCUUGGGCAGUGUGCGCGAGCUUUGAAGGUCUUCCGGGAGAUGCAGGACAGUGGGGUCGAACCGACCGAGCUGACGCUUGUGUCGGUUCUCGGGGCGUGCACGGAGAUUGGCGAGCUUGAACUAGGGAAGGGUGUCCACGGUUACCUCAGUAGCAAGGGAGUUCUGGCUGAUGGGUAUGUCGGCAACGCGCUCGUCGAUAUGUACGCGAAAUGUGGCAGUCUGGAGCUUGCCAGGCAGGUCUUCGAAAGCAUGUCAACCAGGGACAUUACGUGCUGGAAUGCGAUGAUUGUUGGGUUGUCGGUCCAUGGCUACUCACGCGAGGCUCUGGAGCUCUUCAAUGUCAUGAGAGUUGAGCCUGACCAUGUCACAUUUCUGGGUGUCUUGAUUGUCUGCAGCCACAGUGGCCUGGUGGAUGAGGGGAGAGUGUAGUUUCGUAGCAUGACUGAAGACUACAAAAUUGUGCCGGGUGUGAAGCACUAUGGCUGCAUGGUAGAUAUGCUCUGCCGCUGCGGGAAAGUUGCAGAAGCUUAUCAAAUGCUCAAUUACAUGCCUUUGAAGGCGAACUCUGUGCUGUGGAAGAUGGUGUUGGCUGCAUGUCGCUUACACGGGCACAUCCACCAUGCUAAUAAGGCUUUUCACGAACUUCAUCAGUUGAUGCCAAUCGAUGAUGGGGAUGUCAUCAUGAUGUCAAGCAUUUAUGCAGAAGGAAAGAGAUGGGAUGACGUUGAGCACUUGAGAACCAAGGUGAUCGAACCCAGUUUUUGGAAGCAUGGCGCACACAGCCAAGUUGACGUAACAAACUGUAGUGAAUAAUGACUGGCUUCAGUUCCAGGAUUCUGAUUUGGCAAUUUGAGUUCAGAACCAGGCAGUAGCUCAAGGCCUCCAACAGCUCGAUGUAAUUUUCCAGACCAUACCUGCUAAUUCUCCAAGUGAUGAUUGAGGAGAACUGUCAACAAGCAGUAUCAGCUGGUGAUGUGUUGUUGCUUCCAUCUGUGCUCACUUUGCCUCGCGAUGCUAUGGCACGGUAAUUCAGUUCAUCCUAUUAAUGUCCAUGUUUCCUUGUAUACUGGCCUCAAAUAUUAGCUCUCCAUUUUGUUUCUCGUUUAGAUAAUGAGAGGCUUUACUAUUGGCCUCCACAUCAAUGCCGAUGCACACAAACAUAAUGUUAUUACAAGAAGUUACCAAAGGCAAUAAAAGACUGGAACACAUCGUCCGAAGCUGAUAAAAA